UGAUAGUUUAGGGUUGGAAUGCAAUAUUUUGGAUUAUGGCCUCAGAUUGUGGAACUUUGACAAAAAGAGUUUAUUAUUCUGGACAGACUUGGAAUACAACAAGGAGUUAUAUCACUUCAAAUGUUGUGUGAGUGUACAAAUUGACAUCCACUUCUAUAUAUAUAAAUGGCAUAAAGAUAGAUGUCACUCUUCAGCUUAUGAUUAUUACAAGGAGGGUUCUAUGAGCACUGGAGGCACAAAGACAGUGUCUAUAGAUUGGGACUCUGCGGUUUAAAUUGUAGUUCACCCUACCUCAUCUAGCAAUGCUAUAGAUAUUGACUAUAAAGCAGUUAGAACAGUAAAAACAGUGAGUGUAGGAGCAGUUAUAAGGACCGUUCUAGGAAGUAUUUGAUGUUUCAUCAUAAUUAUUGGUGGAAUAAUUAGUACAACUGUACUUUGCUCUAUCAAGAAAGCUCAAAUGGAUUUAAGAAAUCAAGCCGAAACAAAUAAUGGGGUAGCUAUUGCUGUUAAAAUCAGUCCACAGCCUCAAAUAAUCACUGAUCCAGCUCCUCAGCCUCUUUAUAUGACUCAUAAGGAUUUAUGAUUUCCUUGAGAAUCAUUAUAAGCUAGCUUUCUAGACUAAUCUUUGUUUUGAAAGAAUUCUCAUUAUAAUGCACUCUGCUCCAAACAUCGGUCCAAAGUAAGCCCCUCCCUAUACCCCUUCCGCAUAAUCUACGACCAGACCAACUCUCUUCAGCCCCAAAUAGGAAUGCCCUCCUCCAGCCGCAUGGGUAAACAACCCAUAACGAUAAGUAUGCUUAUGUCUAGGAAACCCAAUAGCUCAUGUCCCUGAAGCCAAAAUGGGGAAAAUAUUUUCAAGCAGAUCAGGACUUAGUAAGGGCCCAGAAGGGAUAAGAGGUACAGUAGAGGCGGUGGGGAUGGAGAGAGGAGACUUUGGAAAAUAACUAUGUGGAUAGAACAAGUCUACUCUUGGUCAUUCUUCAACACAGAUUGUCUUUACCCAUUAUUUAUGGUCAAGCAAAUUACACUUAUUUUACAAUAAAGGUAAUGA